UUUGUCAAAACACAAAAUCAUAACAUAUGUAUGUUAUUUUAAUUCUAUUUGGGUUUUCAAGUUGGAAAAAUCAAACGAACCUUUAAUAAUGGAAAUCGGACACUAAAACAAUGUCUUUGUGAAUUGUAAAUAAAUAGUGUCUGUUGUUUUACAUUUUUAAUAUGCAAGAACUGUUGAUAGAGAGUAAAAUCUCCGUAAUUUUAAUACAUAUAUGAUUGAAGAUAAUUAUAAAAAAUGGAUGAAAAUAUAGACAACAAUGUAGCCGUUUUGGCUAUUUUAGAUAAUCAAUCUUCACCAUACAAACAAAAUAUCAGUUUGACCAGCUAUAAUCUCAAUGGUCAUCAAGUCAAUCAAGAGGAAAUAGAAACAAAUGAAACCAGUAAACAAAAUAUUAUUUGGACAAAGAAUGCCACACUAAUGCUUUUAAAUUUAUAUGAAACUAAACUGAAUAUGUUGGAUAAUCCUAAAAAGAAAUCAAAGAUGUGGACUUCAAUGGCAGAAGAACUAAAAUCUUUCCACAUAGAGGUGACACCAGAUCAGGUGAGAUGGAAAAUUAAUGCACUUACAAAAAAAUACAAAGAUUGUAUUGAUAAUGGUCAAGGAUCUAUGGCAUUCAAAUAUUUUAAUGAAAUGCAUCAAAUUCUUGGAAGAUACAGUGAAGACAAUGGAACAUACAGACUAGCAUCCGGUGUUAUGCAAGGUCAAGAAAGUGACAAAGAUCACAGAGUUAUAAAUAGGAAGAUGUCUUUUAAAAACUCAACACCUUUUAGGAAACUUCGAGCAGAAAGACGAGCCAAAGUAGAACUAGAUAAACAAUGGAUAGAAUAUAUAAGGCGGCAAGAGGAACAAAAGCUAAUAAGAGAUGAAAGGUAUGAAAGAAGUUUAAGAUUAAAAGAAGAGGAACUUCAAUUAAAAAAAAAAGAAUUAGAAAUUAAACAGUCAAUAGCUUUAAGAAAAUUACAAUUGAAAGAAAAGAAACAAGAGGAAUACUUGAAAAUUGAAAGAGAAAAAUGUGCAUUGUUACGAAAAUUAUUAGCAGACCAAUGAUUCAUUUAAAUAAAAAUACAAGUUUAUAUGUGCUAUAUGAAUUAAUGUACAGUGCUUAUUAUAAUGCAUAGUUUAUUUUGGCUGGGCCAAAUAUAGAUUUAAAUAAUUACAAUUAAGUCAUAUUAGUUAAUUAUAUCAAUUUCUUUGUGCU